AAAAUAGUACGUUUGGCCAACUUAAGGCGAACUUUGCCACGUGAGUUUUUUUAAAAAGGCUAACCAUACAGGAGAAAUUCUAUUUUACGCUGUUGUAGUAAGCAAUAUGACUUCAGUUAUUGAAAUUGAUAAUGUUAGUAAUAAUGACACUGAACUUGGUGGUGAGUUUUUGCCCUGGAAUGGUUUAGAGUCAUUUUUUGUAUUCAACAAAGCAAAUGGUAACAAUAUAAAUGCAAAAUGCGUUUUGUGUGGCCCUUCGGGAAAAUGUAUAAGUACAGCUAAAAAUACAUCAUCUAAUCUAAAACGGCAUGUUAAGAGAGUUCAUCCAUAUAAAAUGGCUGCUUUUGAAAAAGCUAUAAAAGAAGGUAAAAAAAAUGCUUCAGUUAAAAAAGAAAAAUGGGGUUCAUUGGAGAAUGCGAAGAAGGAUGCGGUGCAAUCAAAUCUUGAGAAAUAUGGAACUGAUAAAGGAUAUGAGAGUUUUAAAAUAAAUCAAAAAGUUUUAGACCAACUUGUUGUAAAUUUUGUUAUUAGUGAAACACAACCUUUAUCAAUAGUUGAUAAACCAUCGUUUGUAAAUUUGGUGAAGUUAGGCCUUCCUAAAAACCUAAAAGUUAUUUGCAGUAAAACUUUAAAAUUACGUAUUAAUAGCCUUUAUUUAUCAAUGGUUGAAAAUAUUACUUCAAUACUUGGAGAUAUUAUGUAUGUUGCAACCACAGCUGACUGUUGGAGUAAAGGUAAAAGAAGUUAUAUUGGGGUUACUUGUCAUUGGAUAGAUCAAAAGACUCUUCAGCGUCAUUCAGUAUCUUUAGCCUGUAGCCGAAUAAAAGGAAGGCAUACAUAUAUUGUUUUGGCUUCUGCUUUGUAUAAGAUUCAUACAUCCUAUAAAAUACAAAACAAGAUUUAUUUGUUCAGUUACCACAACAUUUUAGAUGUGCUAGUCAUACACUAGACUUGAUAGCAAAAGAUGAUGUUGAGAAAAUGGUACAGAAUUCACCUAGUAAUUUUAAGAAACUUUAUAGGAAAGCAAUGGACAAGUGUUCAUCGUUAUGGAGUAAGCAAAAUAUGUCAAAUAGAGUUGCAGAAAAAAUUCACAAUACACUAGAUGUUUAUUUAAAAACUCCUAAUAAAACAAGAUGGAACUGUAUCUAUGACAGCUUGUUACAAAUUAAAAAUAUUUUUUCAGACUCUAAUGGACAUAACAAAAUGAGCAAUAUAAUGGAUUUCUGUGAAAUACAAAGAUUCACAAAUCAAGAAAUUCAAUUAAUUCAAGAAUACUGUGAGGUAAUGACUCCACUUGCCCAUUCUUUAGAUUUUUUACAAGGAGAAGAAUCAAUGUUUAUGGGGUAUUUAUUGCCUACGCUUUACGCUUUAGAUAAAAAGCUAACUACUUUGCAACAGAAAAAUAUGAAUUUUUGUAGUCCGUUUGUCAACGCAGUAAAAUCUUCUGUUCAAACUCGAUUUAGCGCAAUAUGGGAAAAAAGAGGAGCUAAUAUUAGCAUCGUGUUUGUUACCUCGCUUUAAAUUAUUAUGGCUUGAUGGUGUCAAACGUUUCUCAGCGGAAGCUUCGUUAAAAUCUUUAUUUGAAAGUGUGGAUCAUAGGUCUAGUUCAGGCCCUUGUGAAAUGGAAUCUUCUCGUACAACUACAGGUGAAUUUAAAGAAGACUUUUUUUGUUUACCUGUUGAAAGCAACAGAGUUACAAGUUCUGGUAUUGAAGAGUUAGAAUUAUAUUUAAAAUCACAGUCAAGAGAGUUAUCUCUUUUACUAUUAUACCCAUCAGUAUUAAAAGCCUUUUUAGAACUUAACACACCUCUUCCAUCAAGUGCACCUGUUGAGCGACUAUUUUCAACAGGUUCUAAUGUAAUUACUGAAAAAAGAUAUAAAUUGGGGGAUUUAUUAUUUGAAAAAUUAGUUUUGUUAAAACAAAAUAAAGUUGAAGUUUAAAUUUGUUUUCUUAUAUUUUACUGUUUUCUAAUUACAUUUUUCUUAUGCUUUUGAACUGAAAUUAACAUAUAUGCUUACAUAUGCGUAACUAUACGUGCCGAGCCGUUAAAAAUAAAAGUAAAAUUUCAUGCAAGCCGGCAAAAAAACAAGAUACUUAUAAAAAGAUUUUGAAAUAUUAAUAAAAAUAAACCAAUUAUAAUAAGUUUGCUUCCAUUUUGUUGUUAGUGUAAUUCGUAAUAAGUAAUUCAAAAAUUAUAAAAAAAAAAGAACGAACUUGGAACGAAUUCCUUUUUUUGAGGAAUUUGGAAAAAGUUCCUUUUUGAGGUAAGGAACGAGGAUCUGGAACGAGUUCACAUUAUACCAAAUGAACGGGGAACGGAACGAGAUCCUUUUAAAAAGGAACUUUC